GUAAUCACUUCAAGCUUUUGUUGCAAUCCCUGGUUUUGUUAAAAAUCUUUAUUCCCUGCAAACUUUCCUCUUCUACUCUUGAUUCAAUUCAAAUGUAUAUCUAUUAUCUACCCGUGCAUAUAUAUAUAUAUAUAUAUAUAUUAUAUCUAUAUAUCCAUAACAUCCUUAAAUACUGUGAUUAAUAGUUUUGGAUUCAUAUGUGGAGUAAUCCAAAAAAAAACUACAUAUGCCUUAUUGUUUGUUUAAAAUAAUUGGAUUUAUUUUUUCUUUGUGGAGGAGGGGAAGUACUAAAAAGUGAAAACCUCAUGCAACUAAUCUGAAUAGUUAUUUUCCUCUUAGGAUUUUUUUUUUUUGUUCUUGAUACUCAUGUGAUGAAAAAUUUAAGCGGCAAGUACUUUAAUUUCUCUUUAUCUUUCCUUCAUUUUCUAAGAGAAUACUGUUUUUGGGGCUUUUCUGUUUUUGAUUUGUGUUGGUUAAGAGAAUUUUAUUGUGUUGAUGGACGGGUAAGUGAAAUAAUCUGAUUGUCAUUUUUCUUGUUUGAUUAAAAUUGACUACUCCUGUUGUCUUAGAGUAGGCAAUUUGUGCAAAUAGGCUAAUUGUCAGGUUCGGAUCCAGUCCAUAAGUCCUAGCACCUUGAAUCAGCGACCGACAAUAGGAGUAAUUUAAUUAUCUAUGCUUGCACUUUUAUAUAUUUAUUUUUUGUUUGAAUUAACACAUGUAGUUCAUAAGUAAUGCAUCUUAUUAAUUGAAAAAUGUUUCUAUGAAUUGCUGUUAAAACUGUGCUGGGUCUAAGCAAAUAGAGUUGCGAUAAUAUUGUUACCUCCCUAUGAUUGUUAUUAACUUUCAGGGAAAAAAAAAAAAAAGAGAUAUUGAAAUUUUCAAUUUUGAGUUUUUACUGUCUGCAGUCCAAUAUAGCAUAAAUCGUCUAUUUCUUUUCAUUUAUUGGGAACCAAAAAAACCUAUAAUGCGACAUUUCCUUUGAUAGGAAGUAUGGAGUCUGAUAAUAUUGAAUUUCAUACCACCCGAAUGGUUUUGAGGUAUAUUGGUAAUCACACUUGUUAUGUAGCCUUAGUCUUUGGUGAAUCACAUAAAUCUGAUGUUUUGCUUAUGUUCUUGUUUUCCUUAUCUGUUAUUUUUUGCAACAUCCUUUUCCUUUCCUCAGUUUUAUGCCAAGACGGUAACCCAUAGUUUAGCUUUAACAACAUCUAUUAUUCAUCUGGAACCCUGUUGUGAGAAAGUUUUGCCCUUUGGCCAUUCAAGUGCAUUGAACCUGAGGCUAUGUUACAUAGACUCGGGUACGGGUGUCGGACACGAGUAUGUAUCCAUGUGUCGGAUAUGUCAAAUCUCCAAACAUAAGGACACAUGAACACGGCUAAAUAUUUAUUUUAUUAAUUAUUUUAUUUUAUUUUCUAAAGUAAAGUAAUAUUUUUAUCUAAUGUAAUGUUCAAUAUAGGAAUUUAAUUCUUUUUAAAGUAAUAAUAUAAUGUAAUCGAAUAAUUGGAUAUGUUUGUCGGGUACUUCACUACUUUUGAAGAGUCCAUGUAACAAAGACCUGAGGAAUUUGGGCAAAUGCUCAAUUGAGUAUCAUAGCACUGGACCACCACAAAGGAUAUUUGAAUUUUUAAUUUCUUAAUAUGUUUAUGCAUACCAUUCUGCUUCAAGUAAGAAUUUGAUGCCCUAGUUGCAGCUGUGGAACUUUAAUGAAAUAGAUGCCUCUCCUGCUUUGCUAUAACUUUUUCUUUUAAUAUAAUUUUUCUGAAGGGGUGGGACAAGGCGAGACUAUCUAAAAUUUCGUGAUCAUUUUAAGGUUUGGAUGGUGCAAUUUGAAGUUAUUGAAGGUUGUGGAAAGGAGUUCAACUAUACAAUAUUUGGCUUCUGUACAGUCAAAUAAAGCUCUGGAGUGCAUGUGAUGUGAUUUAUCUCUGAACACUGUAUAUAUCCAAAAUAUUUCCUCAACUGGAUUAGUUUAAACUUGCAAGGCCAUCUUCUACCUUUUUGUCUCACUAUAUAAAAUUAGAUUAUCCGACUGUUAACCCAAGAGAUGGGUUCAUUUUCUGGUACUUGUGAAAUUGUUGAAUCAAAGGAAGAGCUGAAUUCAAUUCAACAUUCUAAAGGAUUUCAUCAAUCAAGAGAAGCUAGCAAAGAGAUGAAGCCUCGUUUGGUGAAACUGGUAUCUGAUAAUUCUCUCGAAGAUGACAUCAGUAAGCUUUUGGAGGCAAUUCGUCUUAAAACUUCAUCCAAGGGUUUUAGUCUUUCAGAGAAAGCAGGUAUAGGCCCCUCCAAGAAAACUGACUUAAAGAAACCAGUUAGGCAGGGUGUGUCUCAUUCACCGGGAAUUGGAUUUUCUGAGCCAGUGUCUCUGAAGCAGGCACUAAGGGGAAUAUGCAUUUCUCAGGCAUCAGAAAUGGCUGCCACAAAAAGGUUAUUUAAGCCAACAACUUCUCCCAGGGUCUCAGAAGCCAGUAAAAUAACGAGUUUGUACAGGUCCAUUGUAGUUGAACCUGGUAAAUCUAGUAUUCCACUGAAAGAAGGCAAGGAAAAGGGGGUUAAAACAUCUGUAGUGCCUGAAGAAGGCACAUCAGAUCCUUCUAACAAGAUACCUCAGGACCUGAAAGCUUCCAAGACAAGAUCAUCCAACCAAAUUCCCGAUUCUUCUCCUCAAUUUGCUUUGGCAACUACAGAAAUUGGAACAGGGUCAACAUCAAUAGAAAAUGAGAUUAUAUCUGCAUCAUCAGAAGGUCAGAGACAAACACUGAAGACAAAGCUGGCGCAGGAGGACGAGCAUACAGCAGUCGCUUCUCUAUCUUGCCAUAGUGCUGGUGUUAACAUAGUAGAGCCAGGUAACAUUCAUGCAUCCGAUAUGUUAGCAAAAAAAGUUACAGCUCCAAAGUCAAGGCAGAAAGGCAGGUUGCAAAGUGUAUCUUCUUCAUCUAGUGCAAUCAACAGCAAUAAUAAGGUAAGCAAGCCAACAAGGAAUGCCCGUUUGAUCAAGCCAGUUCUCAGAAACAAGGCUAUCGUGAAGAAGAAUUUCAAACAGGAUUCAUCCAUUGCUUCCUCCACUUCUAACAUGAAUAAUGAAUUUAAUGAAGAUGUGAAUCCUAAUACUAGUCAAUUGGCUUGCCAGAGAUGCCAUUGUGCUUUGGCAAAUGCAAGACAAGAGUCCUGUAUAGAUACUCCAUCAUCCAACUGUGCAAGUCUUAGUGCUGAAGUCAGCUCGAGUAAUAUGAACUCUGGUGCCAGCAAAUCAGUCUUUGCUAAAAGGAACUCUAAUAAAAGCAGAAGUAUGGCCGUAAAAGCUAACAAGAAAUCAGAAACUAGAGGAAAGGAGGAAUUCUCCCAAAGUUCGAAAAGUAACCUUGGUGAUAGCAGUAGCACUAGUAGUGUCACUGAAGAGAAUAACCUAAGCUGGUCGAGCAAUAGACCUCACAUGUUGAAGGAUUCAAGGUGGGAAGCCAUCUGCCAUAUUAGGAAGCUGCAUGGUAACCUAGAGUUGAGACAUUUCAAUUUAUUACAGAAGCUUGGUUGCGGAGACAUUGGCACAGUAUAUCUUACCAAAUUAAUUGGAACAAACUGCCUAUUUGCUAUAAAGGUCAUGGACAAUGAAUACUUGGCAAGAAGAAAUAAGAUUACAAGAGCCCGAACUGAGAGAAACAUACUGAAAAUGUUGGAUCAUCCUUUUCUCCCUACGCUAUAUGCCCAGUUCACGUCAGAUAAUUUAUCAUGUUUAGUAAUGGAGUAUUGUCCAGGUGGAGAUCUGCAUGUCCUCCGGCAGAAGCAGCCUGACAGACAUUUUCCUGAACAAGCAGCAAGGUUCUACAUGGCUGAAGUCCUCCUCGCUUUGGAGUACUUACAUAUGCUUGGUGUGGUCUAUCGAGACUUGAAACCAGAGAAUAUUCUUGUUCGAGAAGAUGGUCACAUCAUGCUUACAGAUUUUGACCUUUCACUUAGAUGCAAUGUAUAUCCCAUUCUCCUGAAAUCUUCAUCAAGUAUGGAGCCUCCAAAGAUGUCAGGUCCAUGCACAGGAUCUAACCCUCUUUGCAUUGAACCAUCCUGCCAAGUCCCGUGCUUCAGCCCUAGGUUUUUACCUGCUUCUUCAAAACCAAGGAGGAUAAAGGCUGACCCCGCAGUCCAGGCCAGAUUGUUGCCACAGCUUGUGGCUGAGCCAACAGAUGCACGAUCCAACUCCUUUGUUGGGACCCAUGAGUACUUAGCUCCCGAAAUUAUCAAAGGAGAGGGUCAUGGGAGUGCUGUUGAUUGGUGGACAUUUGGUAUCUUUCUUUAUGAGCUUCUAUAUGGUAAGACACCUUUCAAAGGUUCUGGGAAUGAUGAAACUUUAGCCAAUGUGUUGCUGCAGAGCCUCGAAUUACCAGACAGCCCACUUGUUAGCAUUCAGGCAAGGGAUCUCAUCAGAGGCUUGCUGGUAAAGGAGCCCGAGAAUCGGUUGGGGUCAGAGAAAGGGGCUGCUGAGAUCAAGCAGCAUCCAUUCUUCGAUGGCCUAAAUUGGGCACUGAUCCGCUGUGCCACUCCACCUCAACUACCCGAGUUCUGUGAUACAGGAUUGCUGAACAUGGUGACUCAGGAAGAGGGAAAAAAGUUUCUGGAGUAUAGGGCUACAGGGGAGCACCUGGAGUUCGAGUUAUUCUAGCAAAAGUCUCAACCUUUAAGAAGAGAAGCUAUCAUGAUAGGCAUUAACCUGGACUCUCCUUCCUCUUGUAACCAAUAUUUUGCUUAUAAUGCAAAUUUUGUUGAGAAUAUUCUGGAGAGGAGUUGUCAUUCAUGAUACUGAAAAUUCCAUUGUAAAAUAUUUUGAAAGAUGGGUUGAUCUGUAUAUUCAAAUUUGUAACCUCUCAAGAACAAAAUUCUUACGACUUAAAAGCACCAAAAAUCAUUCAUUAUUAAGCAUAUAUGAAUAUCAUUCUUUGUCCCACCUUUUCUAUGUAAAUG